CCGAGGCAUCCCACCAUCACUGUGCUCUCCGUGCACACCAUUGGGGCUUGCUAGAGCUCUUAUCCUCAUACCUGAAGCUCCGCGACCCGAACAUGUGAAGCUCGCCAUGCUGAUACCACCGCUUGCCCGUGCCGCCAGCCGGCCGGGCCUUCAGCCCUCGAGCUUGAGCCUGCUCUUGCGCCCGCACCCACUUUACCACUCCACCCGCGUCUUCACCUCCUCGCCGCUGCACAGGAAAGAUGUUCACGGCCAGCGGCCCGCGCCAGACUCACAGCAAGCCUUGCAGGCCGCCAAAGCUGCCAAACCCACCGAAGACUCUGCCAAAGCCAUAACGAAAGCGAAGGUAGAGAAGGCCAUUGAUCCACUGCUUGGUGAAAGGAACUUGAGCAACAAGGAACAGCGCAAGGCAGACUGGACCAUUAUAAAGGAGAUGACCAAGUAUCUUUGGCCGAAAGACAACUAUGGAACUCGAUUCAGAGUUGGAUUGAGUGUAGCAUUGCUCUUGAGUGCCAAACUGCUCAACGUGCAGGUGCCCUUCUACUUUAAGAGUAUUGUGGACUCCAUGAACAUAGACUUUGCUGCUGUUGGAGGCACUGCGACUACCGUUGCAGGCUCCAUGAUCAUGGCCUACGGCUUAACCAGGAUCGGUGCAACUGUGUCCCAGGAACUUCGUAAUGCUGUGUUUGCUAGUGUAGCACAGAAGGCCAUUCGCAAGGUAGCUUGCAGUGUCUAUGAGCACCUGCUGAGAUUGGAUCUGAACUUCCACUUGACGAGACAAACUGGAGGACUGACAAGAGCCAUUGACCGUGGCACUAAAGCCAUCAGCUUCUUACUGUCAUCCAUGGUGUUCCACAUACUCCCCACAGCUUUGGAGAUAUCCUUGGUUUGCGGCAUCUUGACGUACCAAUAUGGCUGGCAAUUCGCCCUCAUUACGAGCGCCACAAUGGCGACAUAUGCAGCAUUCACCAUCUUGACUACAUCGUGGCGCACCAAGUUCAGGAAGCAGGCUAAUGCCGCUGACAACAGGGCGGCAACUGUCGCCGUCGACUCCUUGAUCAACUAUGAAGCUGUCAAGUACUUCAACAACGAGAAGUACGAAGUCGGCCGCUACAACGCCGCUCUUACAGCGUAUGAAAAGGCCUCGAUCAAGGUUGCCACCUCUCUCGCUCUUCUCAAUUCUGGACAGAACGUCAUCUUCUCAUCGGCGCUGACAGCCAUGAUGUAUCUUGCCUGCAAUGGCGUCGCGACCGGAACCAUGACCGUUGGCGACCUCGUCAUGGUGAAUCAACUUGUCUUCCAGCUCUCUGUUCCCUUGAACUUCCUCGGCUCCAUGUACCGUGAGCUACGCCAGUCCCUGUUGGACAUGGACACCCUUUUCAGCCUACAAAAGACCAACGUUGCCGUGGAAGACAAGCCGGGCGCCCAACCACUCACCCUCACCAAGGGCGAGAUCAGAUUCGAGAACGUUUCCUUCGGCUACCGUCCCGACCGACCCAUCCUCAAGAACCUGACCCUCACCAUCCCCGCCGGCAAGAAGAUCGCAGUCGUCGGCCCGUCCGGCUGCGGCAAGUCUACGAUCCUGCGUUUGCUCUUCCGCUACUACGAUGUCCAGGAGGGCCGCAUCACAAUCGAUGGCCAGGAUAUCCGCGACGUGUCGCUCGAGAGCUUGCGCAAGGCCAUCGGCGUCGUUCCCCAGGACACUCCGCUGUUCAACAACACCAUCGGCCACAACAUCAAAUACGGCAACAUGGAAGCGAGCCAGGACCAAAUCAUCCAGGCUGCCAAACGCGCGCACGUGCACGACACCAUCGCCGCGUUCCCAGACGGAUACGAUACCAUGGUGGGCGAGCGCGGUCUGAUGAUCAGCGGCGGCGAGAAACAGCGGCUUGCUGUGUCACGGCUCAUACUGAAAGACCCACCACUCCUGUUCUUCGACGAAGCAACAUCCGCACUCGAUACGCACACCGAGCAAGCCCUUCUAACACACAUCAAUUCGCUCGUGCGCGAGAAGAAACGCACUUCGGUCUUUAUUGCACACCGGCUGCGCACCAUCUACGACUCCGAUGUUAUCAUUGUGCUGAAGGCGGGCGGGGUGGCGGAGCAGGGUACGCACCAGGAGCUUAUUGAUAGAGACGGAUUGUACAGUGAGUUGUGGAGUGCGCAGGAGACGAUGUUCACGGACAAGGACGACGCAACAGACAAGGGAGAUCAGGCGGAGAAGCCAUAGAUGGAGAAGACUACAUAUAAGACCACAUAUAAGACAAAUGUCAGCUAUUGUACAUACCCAAUCUAAAGCACUUUGGCACCA